CUCUAUCAAUACCGAGAUAAUUGGGCUAGUAAAUCAUUGUGAAUUUGUUAAGGAGCUUAUGGAUUACCUAGCCUUUUUAUACUCAUGUAAAGGUAAUGUUUCUUGCAUCUAUGAUGUAUGUAAGGAGUUUUUCUGCCCAGAGAAAUAGGAUAGGACCCUUACAGAAUAUUUUAUGGACUUCAAACGAGUGUAUGAAGAGUUGAAUUCUCUUCUUCUAUUUAGCACCAAUGUAGAGAUGCAACAAUCUCGACGUGAACAGAUGGCUGUUAUGAGUUUUCUAGCAGGAUUACCAGCAGAAUUUGAUGCUGCUCGAACGUAUAUUUUGUCCAGCCCGGAGAUUAGAUCUCUCCGUGAUGUUUUUACUUGGCUUCUACAAGCAAAAAAUCCUCAUCCUCCAAGCACUAAUUUUGCUCUUGUAAGUCGUAGUAACUGUACUGCAAAUGGACAUCGUGGUGGAAAGGGUGGCUGGAAUGGUCAUGGAGGGAGGCACAAUGGUGAUACUAGUGGUAGUUGGGGUCAUGGUUCAGAUAGUAGCAGCAGACCUACAAGUUAUCACUGCGGUGAGGUUGGUCACACCAAACGUACUUGCUGUGGAAACUUCAUGGGAAACCCUUAUAGCCCUCAGUUGCCAAUAUUGUUGCUCAUGAUAAGAGCCCUUCACCUUUUGAACAAACAGUUCUGAUUUUUGGUGAUGAAUACACUCGUUUUACCCAAUACCAAGCCUCCAAAUCAUCUAUCAACACCUCGACAACUAUUGGUGAUAGCUCAGGUAAUCCUACUACAUGUCUUAUGUCAUCCUCUACCAAAUGGGUUAUUGAUUUCAGUGCUACAAAUCAUAUGACGGGUAACCCGGAUAUUCUUUCAUCCUUUGAUUACCAAACUCCUUUCCCAAAUGUGACAUUGGCUGAUGGGUACAUUGCGUCUGUAGUAGGUUGCCAUCCUACUCCAUCUCUUUCAUUGUCAUCUGUUUUAUGCUACCUAAUUUUUCUUUUCAUUUACUCUCUGAUUUAUGUUUCAUUCUUUUCUACCCAUUGAGUCUUUCAGGAUCUUAUGACGAAGAAGAUUAUUGGUAGAGGAUAUGAGUCUAGUGGCCUGUAUCUCCUACCCUAUCAAUUCCAUAACCAACCACUUGCUUCAGUCUCCUCUCUCCUCUCAGUCUCCAUUGUCGUUUGGGACAUCCCUCCUUGUCUACGUUGAAGAAGUUGUCUCCUCAUUUUUCUUCUUUAUCUCAUCUAAAAUGUGAGUCCUAUCAAUUUGAUAAAUAUCACCAUGUCUUAGGGUGCGUUUGAUUGCAAGGGUGGAAUUUGAGUGGAAAGAAAAUGAAUUCCAAGGAAUUAAAUCCUAGGGAAAAUAUCAAUUGAAGGCGUUUGAUUGGCUUAAUUUUCUACCUAGAAAUUACCUAAAAAUAAAUCAAAUAUACUACACAAAAUAUUCAGAAAACCAAAUAUAUAUACACAAAUAUACAUACACGCAGCUUCAGGUUGAAGGAGCUGCCGCUGCCAUCGCCAGUCACCGACUCCAUCACUCGCCGCAGAUCUUGCUACCUCCAUCGCAACCAUUCACAGCCAUCAUCUCCGCCCCCACCACUGACUCCUCCUCCUCAUCAUCAUCAUCAUCUUGUUCUUCCAUCCUCUCCGUAGAUCUCGCCACCGCCAUCAUCUUCUCCUUAUCUUCUUCUGCUUCCAUCCUCACUAUAGAUCUCGCCAUCGCCAAUGACACCGUCCAUAACUCAACUCAUCUCUGCCAUCGCUACCUUCUGGAUCGCCAUUUCUAGAGUCCCUCUUCGUUGAUUUUUUCGUUCGCCAAUGACACCGCUACCUCCAUCGCCGCUGCCGAGCUUCCCCUGUCGCCAUCAUCGUUGUCCCCUCGGCCGCUACCUCUUGUUCGAUCGCCC